ACAGUGGACAGUCUGGUCGGCAGAGCCGCAAGUCAGUCGUGAAGAGGGAGCUCUAUCGCCACCAUGAGUUUCUCCGGCAAGUACCAACUGCAGAGCCAGGAAAACUUUGAAGCCUUCAUGAAGGCAAUCGGUCUGCCGGAAGAGCUCAUCCAGAAGGGGAAGGAUAUCAAGGGGGUGUCGGAAAUCGUGCAGAAUGGGAAGCACUUCAAGUUCACCAUCACCACUGGGUCCAAAGUGAUCCAAAACGAAUUCACCGUGGGGGAGGAAUGUGAGCUGGAGACAAUGACAGGGGAGAAAGUCAAGACAGUGGUUCAUUUGGAAGGUGACAAUAAACUGGUGACAACUUUCAAAAACAUCAAGUCUGUGACCGAACUCAACGGCGACAUAAUCACCAGUACCAUGACAUUGGGCGACAUUGUCUUCAAGAGAAUCAGCAAGAGAAUUUAAACAAGUCUGCAUUUCAUAUUAUUUUAGUGUGUAAAAUUAAUGUAAUAAAGUGAACUUUGUUUUAAAAAAAUGUC